UAGCCGGGUUGUCAUGGUGAUCUCCAGGCUCUGAAGGGCAAGCAGCAUCGUCACCAUGACAACGCCCGGAAGCCCGUACCCGGAAGUGAGUCACCAGAGGCAGACCUGCGAAUCUGAACGCGUCUGGGAGGUAAGAGCGGCGUGGAUCAGCAGCUGAGAAAGAUGAUGUUGCAACAAUUGAAACAGCAGAUGAGAAAACGGCAGAAUUUGACAUGCUUUAUAAGAUUGAAGAUGUCCCUCCGUGGUAUCUUUGCAUUUUCCUUGGAUUGCAGCACUACUUAACUUGUUUCAGUGGAACAAUUGCUAUACCAUUUCUUCUGGCAAAUGCUCUUUGUGUUGGAAAUGAUCAAAAUACUGUGAGCCAGCUUAUAGGAACCAUAUUCACAUGUGUGGGAAUCACUACGUUUAUCCAGACAACAUUUGGUGUGAGACUACCUCUAUUUCAAGCAAGUGCUUUCGCAUUUUUGGUUCCAGCAAGAGCCAUAUUAACACUGGAUAAGUGGAAAUGUCCCUCUGAUGAGGAAAUUUAUGGAAAUGGUACUCUGCCGUUCAACACAUCACACAUCUGGCAGCCUAGAAUGAGAGAGAUACAAGGAGCAAUUAUAGUGUCAAGUUCGGUUGAAACAAUUAUUGGGCUUGUUGGUCUACCAGGGUCACUACUCAACUACAUUGGUCCUCUAACUGUUGCACCAACAAUAUCCUUGAUUGGACUUUCUGUGUUUGAAGCUGCAGGACAAAGAGCAGGGUCUCACUGGGGUAUAUCAAUACUAGUUUUGACACUGAUAAUAUUAUUUGCACAAUACCUACGAAAUAUAACACUUGUUUUGCCUUACUACAAAUUUGGACAUGGAAUAAGAACUUACAAAUUGCAAGUUUUCAAAAUGUUUCCGAUUAUCAUGGCAAUUAUGUUUGCCUGGUUGCUGUGUUAUAUUUUGACACUGACUGAUGUGUUUCCACCACAAAGUACAGCAUAUGGAUAUAAUGCAAGAACUGAUGCAAGAGGGGAAAUAAUGUCUAGCUCUCCAUGGUUCCGUUUUCCAUACCCAUGUCAAUGGGGAUUACCUACAGUUACUGUUGCUGGUGUUUUAGGGAUGUUCAGUGCUACUUUGGCUGGAAUAAUUGAAUCCAUGGGUGAUUAUUAUGCUUGUGCUAGAUUAUCAGGUGCACCCCCUCCGCCAAUUCAUGCUAUUAACAGAGGAAUAUGUAUUGAAGGAAUUUGCUGUGUUAUUGCUGGAUUACUUGGAACUGGAAAUGGUUCUACUUCAUCAAGUCCAAAUAUAGGCGUCUUGGGAAUUACUAAGGUUGGCAGUAGAAGAGUUGUACAAUAUGGUGCUGGAAUCAUGAUUAUUUUAGGAACAGUUGGAAAAUUUACUGCUCUGUUUGCCUCUAUUCCAGAUCCCAUACUUGGUGGAAUGUUUUGUACACUAUUUGGCAUGAUUACAGCUAUUGGCUUAUCUAAUUUGCAAUUUGUUGAUAUGAACUCAUCAAGAAAUCUGUUUGUUUUGGGAUUUUCCCUAUUUUUCGGAUUAGUCCUCCCAAACUUUUUAGACUCACAUCCUAAUUAUAUUAAGACAGGUUUGCUAGAAUUGGAUCAAAUAUUGACUGUGCUUCUAACUACUGAAAUGUUUGUGGGAGGCUGUAUAGCAUUUUUUUUGGACAAUACCAUUCCAGGUACACAGAAAGAACGGGGGCUUCUGCAGUGGAAACAAGGAACCAGCGCCAGCACAGACACAUGUGCAGAUCUGAGAACCUAUGACUUUCCAUGUGGAAUGGAAUUCAUUAAGAAAAUACAGUGCUUUAGAUGGAUUCCAGUUUGUCCUGUUUUCAAAGGAUUCAAAGCUGCUGCACAUAAAUCUGUAGCAAAUGAUUCAAUUCAUCAGGAUCAAAGAAAUAAUUCAUUAUGCACAAAAGUGUAAUGGAAAAUAUUUUUUUUUAAAUACAUGCAAUUAGAAUUUACAAAAUAGUUGAACUUGGUGUACCAAGUUCAACAUGUCUUAUUUGUAUAAAAUUGUCAUUUUAAAAAAUACCAACAAGGUUUAAUGAUUAAAUAAAUAAAAAAAUCAAUAUUUGAUCAUUAAAUGCCUGUAUUGUUGCCAAUUCAUUACUAGCGAACUACAUGACCAUUUAAGCUAUAAUUGAAUGAUACUUCUACAGAAGACAGUAACAUUCACAAACAUACAGUAUAUACGUUAAUUCUCUCAUAUCCAAAAUUCCAAAACACAGAAUAUUCUGAAAUACAAUUUUUUUAAGAGCGACUGAAAUAUUGUAGUGACACCUUUGCUUUCUGAUGGUUAAAUGUACACAAUCUUUGUUUCAUGCACAAUAUUAAUAAUAUAGAACAUUAUGUUCAGGCUAUGUGAAUAAAGUGUAAAUGACACUUUCAUUAAUUUCCUGUAUGUACACAAACUUUGUUAAAUGUA